CUGUCAGUAAUACAAAAUUUGUCUUUUAAUAAACAUUAAAGUCAUUUAUAAAUCCAACUAAACUUUCUUUGCUUUCUUAUCUUAUCGUUUACGUAAAUGUAUGUGUUAGAACAAUCGCGCACUUUAUAAAUUAAAUUCUAGAGCAGCGCGACCUGCCGCGUGCCCGUUCACUUUGGAAUCUCUGACCGAUCUAACAAGUUUUUAUCAUUGACACAAAGUCAUGAUUUCCAGUCUAUUUUUCCUUUGACAUUUUGGAACUUUCCAGUGACCACCUCUGGAAUUCUUCAAGCCUUCAAAUGGCGCCAAAUUUGAAUUUAUUAAGACAAUUUGCAAUUAUUUCAACAAUAACUUCUAAUCAGGAAAUUGAAAAAAAGCUCUCAAUAUGCCGAUUGAUUUGUACUACUCACCUAUUUCCGCCCACUGCCGUAGCGUUCUCCUCUUAAACCAAAUUCUUGGAAUUGAAUUUAAUCUCAAGGAAAUAUAUUCAGAUAAUAGGCGGAAUCAAAUGUUGCAGAAAAAAUCAGAAUUUCGUAAGAUAAAUAACCAAGAAAUCUUACCCACAAUCGUCGAUGAUGGCUUUACUUUGUGGGGAUGCCGAGAAAUCCUUCAAUAUUUGGUGGAAAAAUACGGAAAGGAUGAUUCACUUUACCCAAAGGAUCCUCAGAAGAGAGCUCUUGUGAAUCAGAAGCUCUACUUCGAUAUGGGAACGCUCCAUCAACCUUUUGCUGACUACUACUUCAAACGAAUUUUUGCAAAAACUUCUAUCGAUCCGGCUGCCUUCAAGAAAAUAGAAGAAGCAAUGGGCUUCUUUAAUACAGGCCUCGAGGGGCAGCUUUUUGCAGCUGGAGAUGCCCUGACUAUUGCAGACUUUUCUCUGAUGGCUACUGUUUCGACUUACGAUGCUUUUAAAUUUGAUUUAACCCCGUAUCCCAAUGUUGCGCAAUGGUUUGAGAGGUCCAAGAAGACUAUGCCAGGAUAUGAGGAGAUUAAUCAGAAAAGUUCUGAGAUGGAGGAAUAUCACGAGAAAAUUUUGUCAAGGCUUCAAAAAUAAUUUUUUCAUAUCCUCUAUAUUUUUUUAAAUAAAUAUUGGACUUAAAAUACCCUAA